GGCGUGUGCUGCGUGUGAAAUAUGAAACACCCAUUGAGCAGCAUAUGGAAAACUAAGGCUGUGACAGGAACAACAGCUCCAUAGAAACUUGUAGUGUCUGUCAGUGGAAGCGGCAGUGUCUGAUCCCUCGGCUGACAAGUGAUAUCGGGACUGCUUGCAUCUCAGUUGGCUGGGCCUGUACUGCAGGUUUUUCAGAUGCCAGAAGAAAAACAGACACAAAAGCCAGUGGACCAAGUUUCAAUUAAAACCUAUUGAAUGCUGUCACUGAAUUGGUCAAGAAGCUUAUGGACGCUACUAACAUUGUGGAUAAGAUAAACAGACCGCGUGGUAUUACAGCUCGGUUAGGACAUAAACAUUGGUGCGUAAAAUGAAUUCAUGUCAAAAGGAAAUCGGGGAAAAUGAAGAAGACCUGACCCAAGAACAGAUAAAUAUUCUGGAAAGUAGUUUUAAAAAGUGCAAGACGCCGGACUGGGCCGAUGUGAUGCUCCUUUCAGCUGAGGCCGGACUUACAGAGCAGGAGAUAAUGAAAUGGUUCAGACAUCGAUUAUCCAAAUGGAGAAGGUCAGAAGGUCUUCCUUCAGAAUGUGGAUCAGUCAUGGACUAGAGGAGUUUUCAUCAAGCAGAUUUUACGCAAUGCUUUAAACUUAAACACAUUUUAUUUUUUCUACAGAUAUGAAACCUACUUUAACCUUAAUAUAGUCUAUUUUGUUUUUGUCUAUGCAAUAGGUGUAAAAAAAUAAUUGUCUAAACAUAUUUGUACAGUAUAUACAUUCAAAUAUAAUAUAUUUAAAAUAUAUACUCUUGGUUAUCAUACUGUACUGGACACAUUAAACACGUACACAUGAAAUAUUCAGAUAAAUUAUAAACUGGUUAAUAAUGAGUUCAUAUAUUAUUAUUUAUAGUUAUAAAUGUAGAAUUGGAUAGCUACAGUGAAGAAAGUUAUAAGUGUUUACCAGCUACUUCUACUUCAACAGGCCUAUCACUGUUUAAUAGAAAACAUCCAAUAAAUAACACAUUUAUACUUA